UUUUCAGAAGGAGAUUUGAUUUUGUUGCCGAGGCUGGAGUGCAGUGGCGCUAUCUCGGCUCACUGCAACCUCCGCCUCCCGGGUUCAACCAAUUUUCCUGCCUCAGCCUCCCAAGUAACUGGGAUUACAGGCAUGCACCACCACAACGGGCUAAUUUUUUUUCUAAGUGGAGACGGGCUUUCGCCGCGUUGGCUAGGCUGGUCUCGAACUCCUGAUCUCAUGUGAUCCACCUGCCUAGGCCUCCCAAAAUGCUGGGAUUACAGGUGUGAGCCAGCACGCCUGACCAACAUCUCCGUCUUUUUAGAGUCAGUCACCGGUGCUUCAUUUUGUCCCUUUGGUGAGGUAUUCUUCUGAUUGUUCUUGAUUCUGCCAUGCAUUGGUGUGUGCACAUUUGAAGAACUAGCUACUUAUUCCAGUCUUUGAAGACUUGAUUACCUGAAAACAGCCUUUAUCAAUCAAGCCUGUCCAGAAAUUCUGGGCAGGCCACCUGUUCUGGCCAAUAGGUGAGCUUGCUACUUAAGUCCUCAGGUUGGCUGCUCUAGUGCCUGGAUGAGUAGGCAGGCAGGUCUGAAGGCGGGAUCCAGUAGGAUGAACCUGUUGAUUGGAUCUGCUGUGGUGGACCUAGAACCUGUGUCCCUGGUGGUGAGCCUGAAUCCCAGGUCUACAAGGGCUGACUUAACACUGGAGUGGACCCUCAGCCUGAGUCUGCAGGGACCAGCCAGGUACUGAGAUAGGCCUGGAGUCUGUGUCUUCUGGAACCUGAGUCCGCAGGAGUGAACCUAUGUCCUGAGUUCACAGAGGCUUAGAGCCUGAAUCUACAGCAGUUAUCACUGGGUCCUCAGUCCACAGAGACUGGCCUGGCCCUCAACUCCACUGGAGCCUAAGAUUAUAUGUACUUCCCAGGUAGUUGGAUCCACAGGGGCUGGCCUGAAGACGCUCACCACAGAAGCGACCCAACCACGACUGCACGACUCCGGCGAGGCUGCACGACACGCGCGAGCGACUCGGAUCGGGGAACCACGGUUCCCGGCAGGCGUUGCGCGGGGCACCCAGUGCGCAAGCGCACGCCGCCUCUCCCCUCCCUCCGGGGCCCGGGCCCCAUUUCCGGGCUAGAGCCGCCGCCGCCGCCCAGAGGCACGGUUUCCUCUUAAAAGAGAAACGACGGCUGCGCUCGCGAGGUGGGCCCCUGUCUUCCCGGAGCUCCGGGCCUGCUCGCUAGGCCGGGGAAGCGCAGGCGCAGUCGGGGUGAGGGCGCGUGGUGGCGCACAGUAAAGGCCGCCGCCCUCUUCAAGAUGACAUGUGUGGACCCCCCCAGCCCGGUUGAAAUUUCCCGUGGGAGUCUGUGGCCGCUUCCCCACGGCUCCACUUCAGGGGCUGCAGGGCGAAGGCCUUUGUUCUGACUGCCACUGUCUGCCCACCUCGCACCCGACGACACCCACACGCAGUGCGGAGCUUCCACACCCCGAAUCACAGAAGGACGGGAGGCGCUGGUGCACAUGGCUUCCUCCCCGGCGGGGGACGUGUCCUGCAGGCGGCGGGAGAAGCGGCGGCAGCUGGACGCGCACCGCAGCAAGUGCCGCAUCCGGCUGGGCGGGCACAUGGAGCAGUGGUGCCUCCUCAAGGAGCGGCUGGGCUUCUCCCUGCACUCGCAGCUCGCCAAGUUCCUGUUGGACCGGUACACUUCUUCGGGCUGUGUCCUCUGUGCAGGUCCUGAGCCUUUGCCUCCAAAAGGUCUGCAGUAUCUGGUGCUCUUGUCUCAUGCCCACAGCAGAGAGUGCAGCCUGGUGCCCGGUCUUCGGGGGCCUGGCAGCCAAGAUGGGGGGCUUGUGUGGGAGUGCUCAGCAGGCCAUACCUUCUCCUGGGGACCCUCUUUGAGCCCUACAUCUUCAGAGGCACUCAAGCCAUCCUCCCUUCCACAUACUACCUGGAGAAGUUGGUGUCCCGACGCCACAAGUGGGCAGGAGCUUGCAGAUUUGGAAUCUGAGCAUGAUAAGAGGACUCAAGAGGCCAGGUUGCCCAGGAGGGUGGGACCCCCACCAGAGACCUUCCCACCUCCAGGAGAGGAAGAGGGUGAGGAAGAAGAGGACGAUGAUGAGGAUGAAGAGGAGAUGCUCAGUGAUGCCAGCUUAUGGACCUACAGCUCCUCCCCAGAUGAUAGUGAGCCUGACGCCCCCAGACUACCCCCUUCCCCUGUCACCUGCACAUCUACAAACGGGGAAACACCACCAGCCCCUGCAGCACUCUCCACUCCUCUUGCUGUGCCAUCCUUGUCAGUAUCCUCAUUGGGAUCCAGAGCUCCUCCACCUGCAGAAGUCGAGGUGCAGCCAGAGCUCAGCAGGACCCUUCAAGCGGCCCAGCAGGCCGAACCCCUGGCCAGCACUGGGAGUCUGGCCCAGUCUGCUCCAACCCCGGCCUGGGAUGAGGACACUUCACAGAUUGGCCCCAAGAGAAUUAGGAAAGCUGCCAAAAGAGAGCUGAUGCCUUGUGACUUCCCUGGCUGUGGAAGGAUCUUCUCGAACCGGCAGUAUUUGAAUCACCACAAAAAGUACCAACACAUCCACCAGAAGUCUUUCUCCUGCCCAGAGCCAGCCUGUGGGAAGUCCUUCAACUUUAAGAAACACCUGAAGGAGCACAUGAAGCUGCACAGUGUGAUACAGGGCUGUGAAGAAAUGUGGAAGCAAGGGAAAGGAAAGCAUAAGGAGGAACUGCUGUUGGAGGAGGAGAAGAUGCCUCAGCAAAGACCUGAGUGAAGAAUAGGGAAGAAGCCAGGAGCUGAGAAAGGAGAGAGGUCACAUAGUUGGUGGAGGCCUCUGAGACCAUCCAUAGGACAGUCUGACAUCUGCUUCAGGUGAGAUGGGUGCCAUUGCAGUCUUGAAUGGCAGAGGGACAUGGCUGACUUUUUAAAAGAUGACUGUGGCAGCUGUGUGAAGAACAGGGGGACCUCAGAUGAGCAGCACCAGGCAUCAGCUGUGAGGUGACUGCAGAAACAUGCAAGGCAAGGUGGUGCCUGGAUUUGCUGGUAGCAGUUGAGUCGGUGAGGAAUGGCUGGAGGCCAGUGUGUGCGCAGAUGGAGUCAAUGGGGUGUUGUGGGAAGGAUGGGUUGGCUACAGAUGAGUGGGCAGGGAGGAGCUGGGUAACUCGGAGGAUUCUAGCCUGAGCAGCUAUGCAGCAGGUGAUGCGAUUUCCUGAAAGCAAGGGAGAAGCGGGCUUGGGCAGGGAAAUUUGAUUUGAGACAUGCUAAUUAAACAUCCAGGAGAUGUGAAUGUGGAGAUUAGGGUAGAUGUCAGGCAAACCUAUAAAUAUAAAUGUGUUUGUCAUGAGCAUAUGGGUGGUAUUUAGAGCCGUGGGGCCAGAGUGUCCCUACAUAGAGGGAGUAUGUAUCAUGGCACUCUAGCCAUUCAUUAGAGGGCAGGCCAGGUACGUGGUGAGGAAGAUGAAGAGAGUGCUAUUUGAGGAGCUGAGUAUAGAAAAUGCUCCAGGGAGGAAGGGGCAAUGAUUGCCAGUGCAACAGGCCAAAUAAAGUAAGUUGAGAACACGCCACCAGAUCUGGCAGUAGGGAAGCUGCCAGAUGACAAGAUGGAACUGACAGGAGGGGCAGUGUAGCUGUCGGUCUGAUAGUCGCAAUGGAGCGCGCUCAAGGCGGAGUGGAGACACAAGUAUGGACAACUCUGUGGAGUUUUGCUGUAAGACGGGCAGAUAAAUGGAGUGUCAGCUAGAAGGCUGGGCUCAGGGUGCAGAGAUGGAAAUGAUUCCAUAGAGAACGGCUUGCUGCUGAGGCUGGAGUGCGGUGGGAGACCUCAAGUGAGGAGCUGGUCUUUAGGGGCAGAGUGGGGAGCUGCCACAGGGUAGGCCGUUUGAGUAGUCAUUUAUAUGGGCACAGAUGCAAGUUGAAUAGUGGAUUUGGUGGGCAGAAGAUGUGGGUGUUCUAGUUUCUUAGCAACUUUAAAAACAAGAGCACUGCUGAGUAAGGUAGGCGGGGGGUGUUGCAGACUGGUGGAGAAAGGAGGUGGUGUGAAAUGUCUUUUAUAUUUCUAGAAAGUUGGAAAAGUGAACUGAUGAGGGAAAUGCAGGCGCAGUAGGGCAGGAAGGGCCUUAAGACUUGUGGUUAUAGAUGAAAAGGGUGGUGGAGAAGACUUUCCCCCUUCUGUACACACAUGCAAGCCUGGAGCAGACCAAAAGUUAUGUUUAUCCUGAGUUGGGCUUUAACCAAGCAAGUACAGUGGAUGGAGAGAGGGACAGGAAGAUUGGUAGUGUGAAUGAAAGAAGGCAACAAAGAUGGCUGUGGAAAUGCAGCUGAGCGGGGCUGGGCUCAGAGGGAAGAUGGGAGGGCCAGUAGAGUGGCCUCAUCAUGGGAUUAUCAUAGCAAGAGGACAAGGAAGGAGGCCCUGCAGGAAGCAGGAUGCUUGAAAUCACAAUUUCCUUUUUUCUCCCCCUAAUCUACUG